AUGGCGAGUUCGAGCAGCGCCAGCAUCCAGGUGCUCAACCGGAUGUACCGCGAAGCGGGUGUACCAGGAACUAUCCUUGACAAGCAUCACACUUCAUGGACUAUGGAACAAAUCCGGGAUAUUCUCCACUUCUACGGUGUGGGGGGGCGUGUUGUUGCUGCAAGCACGAAUCUAACAAAGCUGGAGCUGAUGCGUAGGCUCGCUCCACUCGUUGAGGAACGCGGACUCACACGUUUCGAUCGCCUGGAGAUCGCGCGCUACAGUCGCGGAGGUGGCGGUCGUGCAGGUGGUCCACGUCCACCUCAGAAGCCCGUUGUUUUGCGGACGACAGCCUCGGGAGGUAAUCAUGAUACUCGCAUCCUUGCAGAAGUCAAACAGAGUCCACCUACCACGCCAAGCAAUGACGAGACAGCACAGCAGCUUGCACAGCCUACGUGGUCCACAAACGAGCCACCCGAAGCUGUAUCGGCUCGAGAUGUUACGGGCGCGGAAGCCUCUAAUCCUCCCUGCGCCGUCUGCUUCGAGGACUUAAGCACGCAAACUUCUCCAGACCGGAAGAUCACUAAUUCUUGUAGCCACGAGCUGGAUGUCUGCAGACCUUGCCUAUCCAGAUCGAUCUCUACACAGUUUACUAGCAAAGUCUGGAAUCAAAUCGAUUGCCCAACCUGUGGCGAGAGGCUAGACUUCCAUGACGUGAAAGAUUUUGCCGAAUCCGAAAUUUUCGAGAGAUACGACAAUCAUUCGCUACGAGCGUUCUUAUCGGAGCACCAGGAGGGUCAAUUUCAACAGUGUCGUUCACCGGGCUGCCAGUCGGGCCAGCAGUGUUUUCCCGAGCAAGACAGCUACAUGAUCUGCCAGACUUGCAAGGGUCAGACAUGCAUUAACUGCGAUACUCUGUGGCAUCCUGGUAUGACUUGCGUUGAGACUGAGGCUGCAAGAAAACGCAUAGAACAUAAUGCCGAGGAAAUCUCUGCAAAAGAAUACCUUGCAGUCAACUCAAAGCUAUGCCCCAAGUGUGAAGUUCGUGGUCAGAAGGUUGAAGGCUGUGAUCAUAUGAGGUGCCCAAGAUGCCACCACGAAUACUGUUGGGUCUGCCUGGUUGAUUAUGGCGUAAUACGGCAGCGCGGCAAUGGACAACACCUCACCGAUUGCCGCUACCACACCAACAAUCUAAAUCAAGGCUUAGGACAUUGA